AAUAUCUCUUGAAUCGCUGGGCACAUUUAGACGAAACAGGUAUUGACAGGGAGCUAUUGUCAAGGAGUAUCAACGUGCCGAAAAGAGAGAGACGCAGUGCGAAAACGAGCGAGAUACAAUGCAUGACUCGAGAGGGGGAAAGGAACAGCUGCGACUCGCAGUAAGCUGAUUUGGCGCCCCCCUAAUCUCCUCGAACAAUCGGGUGUGCUUAUGUAAUUAAGUAACGCCUAACGACCUUGACCCAGACGAUCAUGGCUUCAAUUCCUUCUCAGGGCAAAUAUAAAAAUCUCCGGGCAUGCUUGCUAUGCUCCAUCGUCCAACAUCCAACAGACUUCAAGAAGAAUGGAUGCCCAAACUGUGAAGAAAUUAUGCAAAUGAAGGGGUCUACGGACCGUAUAUCCGUUUGCACGACCACCUACUUUGACGGAAUCAUCGCCGUCGUCGAUCCCGAGUCGAGCUGGGUAGCACGGUGGCAGAGAACGUCAAAAUACGUACGAGGGAUGUAUGCAGUAAGAGUCAAAGGUCGCGUUCCGGAAGACGUAGAAGCAGAGCUCGAGAGUCGUGGUAUCAAGUAUCGACCGAGAGACCAGACGGAUCAGGACUAAACUUCAUAGAGUAGUAUUGCUAUGUAUACUAUGUAUGCCAUCUAAUGCAUCACCCAUGCUGCUUCGUGCAAAGCCUCGCAUGUCACAGGUCCGAUUGUGGAGGGUCGCUUUCGACAUGAUAUGUGUGUAUAUUACUCCUACAAAUCGCGAGUUGCCAUUGUAAUAUCCAGCUAUCACCGAGCAAUACCGUAUAAAUCGACGGUGUGUCCUCGUCGGUCAAGAUCAGUAAGUGAGUUGUGGCCGCCCGCCCGCACUCCAGACGUGGAUAUGUUAUGGAAUGUCGCAAGAGUUUACUGUAAAAAGCACUACCGUCCUCGUUGUGUUGCUCGGUGGUAUGUGUUGAACAAUGGAACGAAGACGGUCGUGAUUGGCGCGAGA